AUGGGAGCAAACUAGAGUCAACAAUAGGGGCAAUAGGAGAAGAAGAAACUCAGAAAAAGAGAUUAUCUGAUUGGAAUGUGCAUGAGCCAAUUGGCAUCAAAAGAAAUAAGUGAAAAUUCAAAGCUAAGAAAGAGUCUAUCUGAAAACAUGAAAUAAUAAAGUCAAGAUAUCCUGACAAAAAUGAGUGAGGAAGAGAUGCCUAAUUAUUCAAUUAAAAUCUUGCAGUAUUUCUUAAAUUUUUUGACAUUACGAGAAUGUUUUUAACUUAAGCUUGUGAACAAAAAACUAAAAUUCUUGGUAGAGAUGAGCAGUAACAUCUACUCGAACUUUCUCAGUUAAUUCUAUUUACGAAAGCUGCAGCUCCGAUGUUUUGUAGAAUAUGGAUUAAAUUAGAGAUUUCUUUCCGUAUACUACUCUUAAUUGUUAUGUAUCGAAACCAACUAAGAUGAAUCCUGGAUUCGGAUAUAUCUGAGCUUCCAGAAAAGCCUAUAAUAAAUGAGAAUCAUAGAAGAAGAGAUAUAAAAGACUUUCAAUAUUGAAUAUCCACUGGUUGAUAAAAUCUUGGACAUAGGCCGUAAUCCAGUUAUGCCAAUCCCUUUAUUGACAGACGAUGUUCUCAAGUAAUGCACAACCAGCUGGUUUUAAUUGGAGUUGGCCUAAAGAACCUAUGAUUCAACAACAGUGGAGAAAGUUCCUUUGCUUGAUGAACUAACGGAGAAGCUCUAUUAAGAUUGUCUGGCUAAAUUUGAUGUCAAAAACAUGAAACACACCUAAUUACUAUUUGAAUUGAGAUGGGUUGUGAUUGACAAUUUUCUCAAAGAUCCUACCAUUUUAGACUCUGAGAAUAUACCCCUUUUAUUGAGGUUCUUGCUUUAAAUAUUCCAUUUCAUUUAUUAAAGAUGCCUAUUUAGUAGAAAUGUUUUGGCGAUUACUAAGACAGAAAAGAACCCACCCAUGUUUCUUAAUAUUUAUACUAUUUUAUGGGAAUCUUAUGUUGGUAUGAUGUGGGCAUUGAAUAGAGCCUUGAAGAAAAUAUUUAAGAAAAUAGACUUGAUAUUUGAAGAAUAUUUUACUACUAACUUCCCUUAAAUCACAUUCACCAGCGCUCUUGCUAGACUGUGGUCAUAAAUUGUUAUAAAAGGUACCAAAAAUUCAUAAUUGGAUUCAAUUGAAAAUGAAUUGUUUACAUCAUUUGAAAAUCUGUUAAAAUAAAAAAGAGUGAUCUUAUAAUAAUUCUAUAUAAAGGACCAUUGCACAAUUGAAUAGUAAAUAAACGGGUCAAGAUAAAAUGAUGACUUUUUUAAAUACUGUCCAAGUGCUGUAAAUUUUCUUUUAAAUAAAUUCACUUCCAAUAUUCUUGAUUUGUCUCUGCAUGAAUAAAGCAUAAAUUGGAUUGGACACUCAAAUGUGAAAGUGGGUUCUCUCUAUGGAAAAAUAUUGGACAUAGUAAUCUCAUAAGCAAAUGAACUAUAUAGCAAAACAUCCGAACAGCUAUCCACUGAUUACCAAGUGUUCAAAGAUUAUAUUAUAGCCGAUUCUAACUUUAUGCAAGAAAUUCUGAAUCAAUGGACAGUAUAAGUGUGUUUACUACCUCGAGGAAUUGAAUAUCUUUAUGAAAAAGUUAAAAUCAAUCUCAGACAACACGUAGUCUCAUACCAAUUAAAUUAAUCUAUAGCAGAAUCUACUCAUCAUCAUUUUGAAGAUAGCAUUUUGGAAUCUAAAAUAAUUGGAAACAACGUUUAGUAAUUGCAAUUGAAUGAUAUAGAAGAAAUUACAUAGCGCUUUGAGAAAGAUGAUUCAUUUCUAGAAAGUGUUAUCUGUGAAAUUUUAAAGGAAGAAAAGAUUCAUUUAAAUGAAUAAGAUUAAUCUCAUAAUGUUACACAUCCGCAGUAGUCUGUUAUACAACAAUCUUCAUACUAUCAAUACUCAUCUGCCAAACAAUAAAGCAUUCUUGAAGGCGAUUACAAUAAAGUUAGAAUGCUAUCAACAUUCACUUCAAGCACUAGAGUUAGUUAGAUUACUCAAUUAACUAGUGUGUAUAGUUAGUAGAUUAUGUCUUCCUACAAAUCCAAUUCAAAUAUGAGUUUAAUUAAAGAUAUCAAACUUAAAAUAGAAUAAAAUCAAUGGGCUAUGCAUCUAAAAGAAAUUUACAAUAUUGAAAUUGAAAACUAAAUGAAAAUUGAAAAAAGAAACAAUUAAAUUCUAAUGAGAAAUACCGUUAAGAAAAUACCUCAAGAAUUGGAAGAACAGUUCAAUAGUAACAGAGAAUUCACUAAGGUUUGGUCUUUAGAAGACACCAUGUCAUUAUUUGAGUCCAAAAAUAGGCUAGACCAAUAAGAGGAGGGAACCAAUUCAGAUAGGAACUUUAGUGAAAUGAAGAUUGGACAAGGAUUACUUGCCUCUUAUUUCAUAUAAAAUUAGAAAUGA